UGCGGCGCCCCAGGAUGAUAGAGAGCUGAGGGGUCGGUGUUAAGUCAUGAACUUCAGUAACUUCUCCACAUCCCUCGGUUAAGUGCACCUUCAGCCAUGCCUGUGACAUCUCAGCUGCUCAGGGGUUUGCCCCGUUCCAAGGUUUUGGCCUCCAGUCUGUUACCAUGCCAACAACACCAGUCCCAGUUAGGACCCAUCACUCACCGACCUGCCUCAAGACGGCCUUCUCACAUAUGGCAGAGCCACCAGCACUCAAGAAGUUACCGGGCAACCUCAGUGCUCCGCAGUUACAUCCUCACACCCCCGCAGGUCAACUCGAUUCUGAAAGCCAACGAGUACAGCUUCAAGGUGCCGGAGUUCGAUGGGAAGAACGUGUCAGCAGUGAUGGGUUUUGAGAGUAAUCAGCUGCCAGCUAAUGCUCCUAUAGAAGACCGUCGAAGUGCAGCCACAUGCCUGCAGACACGAGGAAUGCUGCUGGGUGUGUUUGAUGGCCAUGCUGGCUGCGCCUGUGCACAGGCGCUGAGUGAGAGGUUAUUCUACUACAUAGCAGUGUCUCUGCUGCCCCACAACACACUGUGUGAGCUGGAGGCAGCGGUGGAGUCCGGCAGGGCCCUCAGUCCCAUCCUGCAGUGGCACAAACACCCCAACGACUACUUCAGCAGGGAGGCUCAGACUCUCUACUUCAACAGCCUCCGAACAUACUGGCAGGAGUUAAUAGAUCUCACCAGCCCAGGCGAAGUCCCAGACACCCGCGAGGCACUGCUGAAUGCCUUCAAGAGGCUGGACAAUGACAUUUCUCUGGAGGCUCAGGUUGGAGACCCGAAUGCCUUCCUGCACUACUGGGUCCUGAGAGUGGCCUUUUCUGGAGCAACAGCAUGCGUGGCUCACAUCGAUGGAUCAGACCUGUAUAUAGCCAAUGCAGGAGACGCUCGGGCGGUAUUGGGAGUGCAGGAGGAGGAUGGUUCAUUCAGCGCGCUCACACUCUCUAAUGACCACAGUGCCCAGAAUGAGGAUGAGGUGGCUCGGAUACGAAGUGAACACCCUCCAUCAGAGAGGAAGACAGUUAUCAGACAGGAACGCUUGCUCGGCCUCCUCAUGCCGUUCCGUGCAUUUGGGGAUGUGAAGUUUAAGUGGAGUAUUGAACUGCAGAAGUGUGUGUUGGAGUCUGGACCCGAUCAGCUCCAUGAAAAUGAGCACACCAAGUUCAUCCCUCCGAACUACCACACACCCCCCUACCUGACCGCCGAGCCGGAGAUCACGUACCACAAACUGCGGCCGCAGGAUCGCUUCAUGGUGAUUGGCUCUGACGGCCUCUGGGAGACCCUCCACAGACAGGAGGUGGUUCGUAUCGUGGGGGAGUAUUUAACAGGGGUGCACCAGCGUCAGCCCCUCAAAGUCGGAGGCUACAAAGUCACCCUGGGACAGAUGCAGGGGCUGCUCGAAGAGAGAAAGGCCCGCGUGUCUUCAGCUUUCGAGGAUCAGAACUCAGCGACCCACCUGAUGCGCCACGCAGUGGGGAACAACGAAUUUGGCACGGUCGACCACGAGAGGCUGUCGAAAAUGCUCUCGCUGCCCGAGGAGCUGGCUCGCAUGUACCGCGAUGACAUCACCAUUAUCAUCUGUCAGUUCAACCCCCAUGUGAUCGGAGCACAGAGACAGGACGAGCAGUCCUGAGCUGCAUAAAAGCCAUCCACUGAAGCGUACGCACACUUCAGUAACUGCGUAACCUUAGAUAUACAUACGAGCACACUCUGUGGACAAAAAGGCCAUAUUGAGAAAAUAUCUGUCCAGCGGUAGGAAUGAAUCAUUUUAACUCUAUUUAUGUACAGGAUUUGUAUGUUUGUAUGCAGUCACGAGAAGAUCAAGUUCCUCAUGAAGUCCAAAGAUCUUCGUUGGAUCGGAGUCUCUUUUACAACAUGCUGCAAAUAUCCUCUGGUAACCGUUUCAUACUCACCUCUCUGCGUGGCUGAAAAAAUGCUGUUACAAACUGAUUUUUGUGCCAAAAUAUUCAACCUCCUCGUCUGCAAAGACUCGACGCCGGGGUUGAAAUUACAGAGAUUCCAAAGAGGGUGAAGGUUGGGAUUUUACAAGUAAAGAGGCCGUGACUGAUGCAGCACUGACUCGACCUCCUCCCUCUGACCCCCUUUACACCUGGCAUUAAAAUGCAUUUUGGGUGAUCGGGUCACAGUGGUCUCUGUCUCAUCUGACGCUAAAGGCUCAUUUAUUUUCCCUUUGUGUUCAAAAAUAGCUGCGUUCAUUUCAAACGUGACAGGUGCUGCCACAUACGUCCAUGUGUCCUUUAUGUUGACAUAGAUACAUCCACUAGAUGGCGCUAGAAGGGAGAAUCAAAGGGUCAUGACAACAAAGAGGUUGUAUAAUAAUGUACCUUUUAACGCGGCAGCAUUGUAGACGGCAGUGAUUUACAUGGCCAUAUUAUGACACGUGGCUGGAGAAUUCUUUUCACUGUAGAAUCAAUCUGUUUGGUUCUGCCAUUUUUAAAAAGUCUCAUUCGAACUAUGCUACACUGCCCCCAUGAUCUCUGGUGGUACGGCUCUGUUUUGUCCGAAUCUGUCAGCUUUCAGAAAACAUGCAAAAAUACAGACGAAGUGAACGCAGAACAGACAGAAGGCUCUGUCUGUGUCCACAUACGCAUCUAACAUUAAGCGAACAUGCACUAUAACACCCCUGAGUUGUCUCGCUCAUCUGUAUUGUAUCCCUCCUGUUGGUCUUUACAAUCAUUAGGCCUGUUUGACCCUUGUUGACCUCGCUGUUACCUUCUAACUCUUCCUGACUGGCUCCAUAGCAAAGAUUUUUUUUAAAAUAAUUGUUUUAUUUUUACACCAGUAUUGGCUACGAAAACCGCAGAAAAUAUGAUGUGAGCCCUGUGUCAUUUUAGUUAGUUUUUUAAUUUUUAAAAUAAAAAUAUUUUUAAAAUUCUUAUGCUAAUAGUAGUUGACAGACGGGGGAGGGGCCUGUUUGGACUUGGUUCAGUUGUUUGAGCCCGACAGAGCGAUCAGGUCUAGAUGUGGACACUUAAGACACAUAUUAACACCAGAUUUCAAUGUAAUCAAGUUAAAUCAUAGCUGGGCACAAUCUGGAGACAAGACACAUUGUAAUGCGAGGUGUAAAAGGGAUCUCUCAUAUGGACUCUAACUGGCCUCUGCCAUUAUAAGCCCAACGCUCUUCCUGUGCAGUCUGGUUUUGUUGUUUGCAUCCCAGGCACACUCUCUCUCACCUUCCAGGCUGCUCCUCCAUCUGUUACAACACAGCACUGUUGCAUCUGUUCGUUUUUACGUCUUCGUAUAAGUCAUUGUAUGAUAUAUUCUUAGCAAUGUCCAAACAUACUCGUUUUGUUCUGCAUUUACACGUCAGCCUGUGACGUUUACUCCAGCACUCUGGGUUUCAGGUGACACAGUAACUAUCAGGUUUCGGUGCUGACUUUGAGCUCUCCGCAGACACAUUGAGUAAAAUGAAAGUUUGUUGUUCUUUUCCCACGUUUUUUGUGGAUUUAAAGGGACGUGUGUGUGUGUAGAGUUUCUCUUGCCUUACAUUAUUUUUUUCUGAUGGGUCAUUAGCACUUAACAGUUGGUUACAGUUUGGGGUUUUAUUACUCAUGACAGCCAUGGUGAAAGCAGAAGCAGCCCAUUCUCCUGAUACUCUCCAGUUAAACACUAAUGACGGGGUUGUAUCUGUGUGUGUAUAUGUGUAUUUAAGAGCAGAAUGUAAAAAGGAGCUGUUUGAAUAUUAAAUAUUAUUUAUUCAGCUUUUGCAGCAUGUUACACGUCUUUAUCUACAGUUUUAUGUAUAAAUUGUAACUUAUGUGGGUUUUGUAUAUGGAAUGGUUUAAUAAAACACUGAUAUAC